AUAUUGGUUAGGCCCACUUAGAGCCCAAUGGUUAUCUUUUUGAGAAGACGGGGACAGAGAGAGAGACGAAGGGACACGCUGUUCUGUCAUAUCAUUCCUCGCGAAUCUGAGAUUUCGGAAGUUUCGAUCGAUUUGGGGGUUUAGGGUUUUCUUUUUCUCAGCUAAGACUAAGAAUCUGAUCAAUGACGCCGCCUCCAGGUCUUUACUCCGGUACCAGCACUCUUGCUCUGGUGGCUCGUGCUUCGGCUUUUGGGUUGGGUCUCAUCUACGGGAACGUCAAGCUCAAGGCUUUGAAGAUUAAGAAGAACUCACAGAUUAAAGCAGAAGCCAAGGCUCAUCAGUAAACUACCAAACAUCUUUCUCUCCAUUCAAAAUAAGAAGAUGAAGCCCAAGGACUCUCCUCUCCAAAUGUUUGUUGUUUCUUCAUAAGCUAUAUCUCCUUCAGUGACAUUUUUUCGGUUUUUUUUUUUAUCGAGGAACAUAACAUUUUGUCUGAAAAACAAUCAUAAUACCAUUUUGGUUUGAAGCCGGUCUUCCUUUUUGGUGCUUUGCUAUUUCAAUAAACAGCAUCCGUUUAUCACUUUGACAAGAUUGGUUAUAUAUAACCUAUUGUGCUUUUGCUAUUCAAGAAAACCGAGGCAUUGAUACA